GCACAGAGAAGCAACAUGUCGCACUUUUGCCCGAUUGAAUUAGACAGCUAGACAGGCUGUUCUCGUACUCCGUCAAUUUCUCGCCCGUUCUUCGCGCGUCGCAGCUUCAAUCGUUAUCGCGAUCGCAUUUGCAUAUUGCUAGCAUUCGCAUCGACGUUCCGACGCGAUUAUGACGUCGGUCCAUAAGCCAUCGUCGCAUGUAAACGACAUUUCGUCAUCGCGGAAGCGAACAUAACCCCUCCGAGAGACAAUGAACCGCCCUGUUCUCGAGUUAUUCUCCUAAGGAGACGGUGAGUUCGUGACGUCGAACGGAUUAUAUUCGAUUAAUCUCUGGCUGUCCAGUCAACAUGGGACUGCUGUUCGCGAAGCUGUGGAGCUUCUUCGGCAACGAAGAGCAUAAAAUAGUUAUGGUUGGUUUGGAUAAUGCCGGGAAGACGACAAUAUUAUAUCAAUUCCUGAUGAACGAAGUUGUCCACACGUCUCCGACCAUCGGAUCCAACGUAGAAGAAGUUGUGUGGAAGAAUAUUCAUUUUAUCAUGUGGGAUUUGGGUGGUCAGCAGAGUCUGAGAGCUGCUUGGUCUACUUAUUACACGAAUACCGAAUUUAUCAUUAUGGUCAUAGAUAGCACUGACCGAGAGAGACUCGGUAUGAUUAGGGAAGAGCUCUAUUCGAUGCUAAACCACGAAGAAUUGAGUAAAGCCAAUGUUCUGGUCUACGCCAACAAACAAGACUUAAAGGGCAGCAUGACUGCAGCUGAGAUUUCAAGACAAUUGGAUCUGACAUCUAUCAAAAAACAUCAAUGGCAUAUACAGAGCUGUUGCGCCCUCACUGGAGAAGGAUUGUACCAGGGACUGGAAUGGAUCGUCGGACGUUUAAAAAAGACAUGACGUACAUUAUGAGAGCCAUUUAUAAGUCUAAUGAAAUAUCCAAAAUGUAAAAUAUGUUAUUGAGCUAAGUUAAUUCUGGUUACACACUUUGACAGUUAUACGAAAGAAGAAAACAGCAUGGGCUGUCGCAUUUCGUUCAUUGAUUUCAAUCUCCUGGUAUGAUCCUCAAAGUGCAUCCGAUCAUUUUAUUGCCGCAGCCACACUUAAAGAUCGGUGGACGGGUCUGUUCUACAGCUAAUUACAUUGGCUGCUUAUGCAAUCAAAGGAAAGUUUUGAUAUUGUUUUUGUGACAUAACAAGCUUCAACUCAAUACAGAGAUAAGAAAAGAAUGAAGACAAGUAGAAAUGUACAAAGCAAAUGUACAAAGCGAGAUGUUAAGCGAGUACUAAAAAGAAAGAUAAUUAUUUUUUGCGUCCAUAUACAAGAUGUAUAUUUGGUUGAUUAUCAUAGUUAAAUGAUCAUUGAAUAUAACAAGUAUAUAAUUUAAUUCGUUAAAAAAGGAAUUAUCGAUUGCGAAUUAUGUUAUCAUUUGCAUGAUAAAAGUAAGAAAUUUCUUAUCCCGUCCACCUACAGUAAAAUUCUGCAGUAAAACAAGCAGUUAAAAUAGAUGGAGGGAGGCAACUCGUUAUUCGUACUCAGUUCAUAUGUAAGAACGCAAGAAAAUGUACAUAGUUUUUUAUACUUCUCGUUAAGAGAGCGAGCUCUGUAAAAAAUGAGAAAGAAAUAUAAUGCCGGACGAGAGAAAAAGUGUAAAAUCUUGCGACAUUUCUGUACGUAAGGGCCGAGCAGAUUCAUGGCCAGGUAACUCGAUUGAGGAAAACUUCUCAAGGCAGAAUAUGAACUGCUCUGUGAUACGUGGAUUCAAUUUUGAGACAGUUGUUUACUGAUUAUGUCAUGUAACCGAUAUGGCUUAUAUGACGCGCGGAAAAAAAGCACAACGAAGGAUAGGCUGAUAAAACUCGAUGGAAGGCUGAUGAUAUUCUUAGGAUGCGACAUACGUAAUAUCGCGACAGGUGAAUGGGAGCUUUAAAUCAAAAACUCGUCUAUUGACUCACUGAUUCGCUGAACGAUUUCAACCUGCUUCGUUUUAUUUUUCUUGGCAGUGAAGAAUAAGUUUAAUAUGUAUAUCUAAUUGAUAUAGUUCACUACUGUAACUGUUCCAAGUGAUGUUAUUAUCUAAAGCGCGAAUUUUUAAUUAUUUAAGGAAACGUAUCUUCCGGUUCCAUUCACCUGCGGUUACUGCGUGCCGCCAGGAUGAUGGAUGUACUAAUGAAAGUCCGUGACACAAAGAAAUCAUCUUGUCUCCAACUUUGACAGCUGUCUCGUUUUUGCUUUAUUUAAAUUGUAAAUGUAAUCUAUCUUUUAUGUAGCAUUAAAUACUCCAAUAGAUAUAAUAUUAAUUAUCGUAGCUUUAAAAAAAGGGGAAAUUGUCAAUGUGUGCUCUAAAAGAUUAAUGGGUAUACGCAAAGAUGACUGUACAGGCGUUGUUAACAGCAUCACGCGGUGAGAUAUAAAUGCCGUCUAAUGCCAGAGUGAGAUCAUAACACUUAAAAGUUAACGCUAGCUUUCUCAUAUUGAGAAACGGGUUCUUAAAUGUUGGUGACACAUAAGAAUCGUAUCUCCCGUGUACAUUGUUUGCUCCUCAAAAUUCUAUGCGAGGUAUAUUAUACCGAAUCUACACUCGUCGAAUUUAUCCACGGCGUCCGUCUUCUCUAUUUAACUGUAAUUGUGUAAAAAAAAUAAAAUUUUCGGAAUGUGUAAAAUACAAGACAUAAGUUGUUUUAACGCAAUGUUGGUGGAACGAGCGUGCGUGUGAAAAACAUGAUUCGUGCUUUUGCAAACUCAGCCCGACCUGUCGAGUCUAUCGAAAUAAUGAUUUUAAAAAUCAAUCAUUUCCGAUUAUUAGUCUUUAUCUAAUAUAAUUGUAUAAGUCAGGGAAUCCUGUUCGACUUUAAUGAAUAAUAAAAAGGCUAAAAGUAUGGGAUGUAAAAUAAAUUAAAAAUCAGUUUCUAUCAAUAAGAAAUAUACAGAUCUGUUUUUAUUUACCAUGAUAAUACCAUCCUACUUCCUAAUUCUUAUAAUUUGCAUUUCAGUAAGAAAUGUAUAUAAGUUUUUUUAUUGUCUUUAGAUUAAGCAUAUUUCACUCAGUGUUAAAAUUGAUAAUACUUUAUUGAAUAUCGCUUUAAAAGUUUUUUAAAUUUUAUUCUUUAUCUAAGCUUUUCUCGAUAUUUUGAUAGAAUAUUCAGCGAAUAAAUAUCGUAGACUUUUGGGAUUACGUAUUAAGGCGAACGAUUAGGCGAACGGUGCUUCGUGAAUUCUAAGUCCCGAAGGAGAAAAGAUUUGUCAGCUACGAUUACCUUUGAUCCAUUUAUUUUCACAUUCAUUAUAAAUAAGAUAUGCACACACUCAUUCAUUCUUAUAACAGUGGGUCCAUCACUGGUCAUACUUCUUAAUUUUACACUGUAUUCACGGCGAUUUCUCGUCACAAUACGACCAAGUAUGACGUUCUACGACGAGACUAUAAACACUAUUUUUAAGUAUGCUUAAUCACUCUGCGUCAUUGUAUGCCGUUAAGUAUUUAACUACUGUAACUCGCGUACAGUAACAGCAUUUCUUUUGCCAUUCCAAAAACAAUCAGAAUCAUAGAUAUAGUAUUUAUUCCGUCUACAGUUAGAAUGAAUUUCCUGAGGGAAGUGGGACAGUAAACUAACGGCCAAGAGAUCUACGUCUGAGCUAAUUGGCAUGUUCGCCUUUUGGCGUUCCAUUGCCAACUAUUGCUUUCAAGACCUAUUCUUUAUGACACCGUUCUGUUACUAGAAAAUCCAAUACAUUUCUGAAGUAAUUCAUCCGUUCGAAAAAGAAAUAUGACACACAUCAUAUGGUGCAUUUUUUUAUGUUACGAGGCAAGACAACAUUACGAUUUCUAAUUCAUGUUUAAUUACAUUCCGAAUAACAUAAAAGUGCCACAAUAAAAAAAAAUUCUCUGAAUGAUAUCCGAUCUAAAUUAAAUUAUCUUUUAGAUAGUGAUGUUUCUUGAACGUUUAUGUUGCCUUACGUAAUGAAUCUAGAUUUCGAGUCUCUAUUUUUUAUUGUAUUUACGACUUUAUGUCAUUAGGCUAACACGUUAACUAUCGCCGCAGAUUUUGCGUAGUUUAAAUUCUCUAAAUUUCUAGCGGUAGUCGGUAUGUUGCUUUGUAUUGAGCGAUGACUUUAUUUACAAUAAUUAUCUAUUUCUAACGCGUUUUUUUAUCUUGUGUGUGUGUGUGUGUGUGUGUUUCUAUAAAUAAAUUCAAGGAGACAUCUUUUAGACAUCUGAAAAACA